UAUUUUCGUUUUUCAAGAUUGGCAUUCCCAACUUAAUUUACAUGAGUUUUCAGAAGCAUGACUCCUCGUGAAAUAACUAUUCUAGUUCUAUUAGUUACUAUAUGUCUUCUUGUACCUUCAAUCUUCUGCUUAAUCUGUUUAGCAUGUCGCAUGCAUCUUGAAGCCAUUCGCCGGCGCCGUCCCCGGGUUUUCGCGUCAACAUCUCCAUCGCCUCAGGUUUCCUCCGUGACAAUUUCUCUACAUACUUCGGGCCUCGAUGACUGCACUAUUCAGUCGUACCCAAAGGUAGUCCUUGGUGAAAGUAGACGGCUUCCAGGGAUUAACGCGCUGACUUGCCCAAUAUGUCUAGUUGAGUACAGUGCUGGAGAGUCAGUGAGGCUUAUACCUUUGUGUCAACAUAGCUUCCAUGCCGACUGUGUUGAUGAGUGGUUAAAGAUAAAGGCCACUUGCCCCGUUUGCCGAAAUUCUCCACUUCUUUUAGAAAACGAUAAGCUUGACCAAAUUAGCGCCGAGGGUGCAAUGUGUUAAAGCUGAUUUUCUUUCCAUAUUUGAAUUUUACUUUUUCUUGAAGGAAGGAAAAUAAUUUAUCCUAAUCGAUUUUAUUUUUACUAAAAAAAAAUAUUAAUCUCUUUCAUAUUUAACAAAUCUUUUUUUUGGAGAAGAAGUUUUGCACUUCUGUAAAUUAAGCAUCUCUACUUCACAAAAAAAAAAACUAUCAAUAGCAUCUAAUGUAGUAGUCAAUAAAAGAGUCAUGUUUAGGAGUAAAUUUUUCUUUUAAUAGUUUUUUAUGCUUUAUUUUAUAUU